GGCCGACGGCGGAGGCUGUCAGGAAGCGGACGCGGGGCCCAGGGGAUGAUCGAAGCUGAGAGGCUGGCCGGCGCGGGUGGGGCGGGCUGCGCGGCGGACAGGUGGGAGCUGUCAGGCUGAGAGGGGGACCAGGACGCAGAGAGAGAGAGAGAGAGCGAGAGAGAGAGAGCGAGAGCAGGCAGGCAGGCACACGCGCGCGCACAAACAGAGAGAGAGAGAGAGAGAGGGAGAGGCGCACUCGCGGGCAGCCUCCCUCCCAACGCCUCCCUCUGACCGAGGGGAGCCGGCCAGGGGCACGGGGCUGCAACAGGGACCUAACCGUGCUGGUGGGACCGAGAGAUCGACGCGCGGACCGGCCGCGGGCGACAGAGUAGCGCGCAGGCGAGCGAGGUCCGGCGGGACCGAGAGGGACAGGCGGCCGGACCGACGGACGAGCGGACGCGAGGCAGGGCCGGGGCGGCGGAGCGCUGGCCUCGGCGCCCUGCGAGCGGGCACCGGCAGCGGGGGCCGCGGGGGCCGCGGGGCGGGCAGCCGCAGCCAGCUCGGGCGCCGCAGCCUUGUCUGCCGCCGCGGUGCGGAGACCCCAGCCUGCUCCGCAGAGGGCGUCUUAGCGGGCAGUUAAAUAAAUCGAUCGAAACCAAAAGAAAAAAAAAAAAAGCCAAGCCCAAAGCCAAACUAGCCAAAAUCGAGCCACAUCGAUCACCGAGAAACAGUAAUAGAAAUCAAAGCCACAGAGCGACAUCACACCCAUCCAGGCGUCAGGACGCCGGGGCAGAGCCGCGGUCCCCCGAGGUUGACGAUGAGGUGUCACACUGUGUGAAGGGAGUCGCAUGGAGAUGAGCAUUCGGAACUGUUAAUGGGGACAUGGGACUCCAGUUGUCUCUGAUCACUUGUGUGGAUUUCCCCGGUGUAGAGCGACAGAAGCCGCUAGUAAGUCGCCAAGACGUACUGCAGACAGUCUGCGUGAAAGGUCAUAAAACCUUGUUCAUUUAAUUUACGUCUGGGAGGAUGUCUGAGCGAGGAGACCUGAAUCAGGCGAGAGUGGAGGAAGGAGGGACGGAGCCAGAGCCGGCUGCCCCUGAAAAUGGCAUCGUUAAGUCGGAAAGCCUGGACGAAGAGGAGAAGCUGGAACUGCAGAGGCGGCUGGCAGCUCAGAACCAAGAAAGAAGAAAAUCCAAGUCAGGAGCCGGCAAAGGGAAACUGACUCGCAGCCUUGCGGUGUGUGAGGAGUCAGCCAGGCCAGGAGGUGAAGGACUGCAGGAUCAGGAAUCAAUUCAUUUACAGCUUUCCAGUUUCCCCAGCCUACAAGAGGAGGAUAAAUCUAGGAAAGAUGACUCUGAAAGAGAAAAGGAAAAGGAUAAAAACAAAGAUAAAUCCUCUGAAAAGCCCAAGAUCAGAAUGUUAUCGAAAGAUUGCAGUCAAGAAUAUACGGAUUCUACAGGCAUAGACUUACAUGAAUUUCUGAUUAACACAUUAAAGAAUAAUUCCAGGGACAGGAUGAUACUUUUGAAAAUGGAGCAGGAAAUUAUUGAUUUCAUUGGUGACAACAAUAAUCAUUACAAAAAGUUCCCUCAGAUGUCAUCGUAUCAGAGGAUGCUUGUCCAUCGAGUGGCAGCUUACUUUGGAUUGGAUCAUAAUGUGGAUCAAACAGGAAAAUCGGUUAUCAUCAACAAGACCAGCAGCACCAGAAUAGGAAGCAUGCACACUGAAGGUCACCAUGCGAAGACUACAACUCUCCACUUACACCGAUACUUUCUAAAAGCAGGCUAGCUCAGGCACUGCGAAUCCCACGUGUAUCUGCAGGUCUGUGCAUGUCACUGCAAAUGUUGAACUCAUCCUAGAUAAUUUGCAUGUUAAAAGGUUAUCAUCUUCUGAGCAUUUUUCCUUUGUCUUUCACAUCCACCCACUGUCUUCACCUAAGAUCCCCUACUCAAGAGUGCAGAGCAAAGAAAAGAGAUACCAAAUACACAGAAGGAGCGUGGUUUACAGGUCUCAAAGACUAUAAAACGAAUAGUGGGCCGGCGUUGUGGCUCACUAGGCUAAUCCUCCACCUUGCGGCGCUGGCACACCGGGUUCUAGUCCCGGUCGGGGCGCCGGAUUCUGUCCCGGUUGCCCCUCUUCCAGGCCAGCUCUCUGCUGUGGCCCGGGAGGGCAGUGGAGGAUGGCCCAAGUGCUUGGGCCCUGCACCCCAUGGGAGACCAGGAUAAGUACCUGGCUCCUGCCAUCGGAUUAGCGCGGUGCGCCGGCCACGGCGGCCAUUGGAGGGUGAACCAACAUCAAAGGAAGACCUUUCUCUCUGUCUCUCUCACUGUCCACUCUGCCUGUCAAAUAAUAAUAAUAAUAAUAAUAAAUUAAAAAAAAAAGAAUAGUGGACCAAACGCAUUGGUCUGAGUGUCAAGGGCCCAAGAACACAACCCAUUGGAUCCUGAGAAGUGUGGUGCUAUGUUUUUUCCUGGAGAGUUGAUGGUGUGUCAGUCAGCUUUUCACUACUAUCAUGAAAUCCUGAGGCAAGCUAACUUUAUUAAAGAAAUUACUUUGUUUGUUUGUUUUUGGCUCUCAGUUCUAGAGGUUCACAGUCCAAGACUGGGCAGGUCCCUUGCCUUUGGCAUCUGGUGAUAGAGUUCUUUCAGGCACAGUGCAUCAUGUAACAAGAGAUAGGGAGCAUGCAAAUCUGUAUGUGUCUGUGUCUCUCCCAGUAAAGCCAAUAGAAUCCGAUCACUGGGAAUCCUGCUAAAUGUCCUGAUCCAAUAUAAUCACUUCCCUGAGACUCUGUUGGAUUAGCUUUUCAUUGAAGUAGUGCUGUUAACGUAAGGCUUUGGGAGUAGUUCUGUUAACAUAAGACUUGGGGGACUAAACUCUUACAUGAGUUUGAGGACCAAUUCAUUCUCAAACCACAGCAAGGGAUAUAUAAUGAAUAGAGUACUUUUUUCAUUCCAGAAAGGAUGAUUAACUGAGCAGGCUAUUUGGUAAAUGAUAAGAAUCAUGAAACUCAUUUUAGCACUAAACAAAGCUGCUCUGUAGGUCAGGAAAAUGAGGCCAAUUGAUUUUAUUGAGAAUCUCCUGAAGUGAUGAGUAAUUGCUCCAAUGAGAAGCAAAGUCUUUGUGGGCAGAUCCAGACAGGAGUGACCUGCGGCGUGCCAAGCUCAGGGCACACCUGCUCUGCUUACCUUUCUGAGGGGACUAAGGUGAAAAUGAGACACAUUGCUUUCUCCUCUAGGCAUUUCACUCCCUGCAAGGGAUUAUGUGCAUCCGUAACAAAACAAAACAACAGCAGCGAAAACCCUUGCUUUGUAUCUCACAUUGGUUGUAUUUGUUUUCCUUUGACUAGGAACACAAGUGCACUGCGAAUAUACUGAGCAGCAUCCUGAUAAGAUGCUUACUUAAUAAUAAUCUGAAGAAGACCAAACAUCAGUUUAUCUAAGUGCCUCUUAGAAGUCCAUGAGUGUUUGGUUGGCACCUGUCAUUUCUAAACGUGGUAAAUUUACUCUGCCCUUUUUAUAGCAAUGGUGUCAAAAAUCAUCUGACUAGAAACCAGAGACAAGAAACCUAUUAAGAAUCAUGCCAUUGUCAGGAAAACCAUAAAGUUUUAUUUAGAGAACAGAUACUUAGUUCAUUAAUCAAAUGAAGGUUCAAAGUAAGACCUAGUUGUUAACCUUGGUCAAACUCCAUAUUGUUUCUUGCAAAUGUUGUAUUUUUCUCCAUAUUAAUAUUCUCAGCCAACUAUGAGAAUAUGAGAUUCUCUAGAUGAGAAAGGGAACUCUCACAAACAUCUUGUGAAGACAAAAAAAAAUACAUUUGUUGUGUUCCUUACCCCACUGGAAAUUACAUUUUGAGUGCAAUCCAUAAACGACACUUUAAUUUUGGAAAUGCAAGACAUGCCCUUUCUAUAGCAACAUGUCCUUAUUAGAAGGAGCCUUCCCAUGUAGUAAUGAUGCAACUACGUUUGUGUUUAUUUCGUUGUUGACAUGUUUCUUUAUUUGUCUUGCCCACAGCAGCAUAGAUCGGAAAAGCUAAGCUAUUUUUCCAGGAAAUAAAAUGGGGACCUAGUCAAUUUGUAAGAGACCAAAGUCAAAAUCUUGCUUUUCCCUUAUAGCCAUGACUUUUCUUCUAAGGUUAGGGGAAGAUGGACUAAAGCUCAUAUAAUUAAUGUUCUCAAACCGAGCACCACUGUUUUACUAGUACCCACUGGUUUACUUAUAAAAAUCCUAAUUUGCAUUUAAUUGUUUUUCAAGUUAAACAGAGAACCAAAUUAAACAAUGUUACUGCUAAAGUAUACAAUAAAACUACAGAACCACAAGCACACAGCACUGAAAAUCAUCUUGGCAGAUAAAGCAGUGAGGCGGAAUUCCAGUUCUGUGCUCUUAAACUAUGUCAGGUCAAAAGUGUUUCUCAAGUCUUCAGUACUGUGAUUUGAACCUAAAACAUAUCCAUCUUCUGAGAAACCAAGAUAAUUUUGAUCAAGAUUGUGUAUGUGUAAAUAUAUACUAUGUAUUAGACAGUAUAGGACAGUUAGAGAAAUGUUCACCAUAUAUGUACAAACUACAGAUAGUAUAGUUCUAAAUGUGUAAUGGUUUUGAAGGCAACAAAUUAUGGCUUUGGUCCCUUGAUCUGAAGUUAACUUACUGCAGGCAAUAGCAUUUGGCUUCCCUCCAAAAAAAAAAAAAAUCAGAGAUUGGCUCUUGUUGCUUUUAGAUCCACCUGUAGUUUCACCAUUUUUAGCAAUUGAGACUUAGGUGGUUUUAGAGAAAAAUGAGUGUCUGUUUGCGUACAUUGAAUGUUAUGAGGAUAAUAUUGUUAGAAUGCAUGAAACAAAUCGUCAAACAAUAAACUGGAAUUCUUUAAGAUAAGUGAACACUUCUAAAGCAUUUUACCCCUCAACCUAAAAGAUUUUAUACCUCAACCUGUCUCCUUCCAAACUUCAACUCUUCUAUAUUCUAGAAUAUUCGUAAGGGAGCACAUCCCCCAACUUCCCACUCUAUACUUCUAACCCUCUGUCAUUCAAAACAGGAAACUGGAAAAAAAAAAACACACAACAUAUGUGCAAACAAAAAAAUGAUAAUUUUAUGUCAACUAAACCACACUGACAACUCCGGACUUUCUCAGGUACUAGAAUACUGUAUUUGCAUGUGAACUUCAAUAGAAUACUUUUAUCUACAGCAUUAUGCUGUAUAAACAGAAGGCCUUUUGUCCCAAGCAACAGCAAUCAAUCAGUGGUCAGUCUCCAAAGAAAACAUUGACUGCCCCAUUUUGAAGAAGACAAGUUGAACUAUUAUUUGAAUAUUACAACUCAGAUUGGAUCUGUGUGAAUCAAAGCUAACACUAAUGAAAAUUUUAGUUCAAUAUGCAGUGGUAUGCAUUGAAGUUUUACCUACUCAGAAAAAUAUGAACAAUGUAAUAAUAGUUUCUAGUGUUUAUUGAGUGCUCUACUGGUGCCUAGCACUGGGGUUGACAGUUUACUUGUACUAUUUUCUAUCUGUUUAGUUCUGCCAUGUGCUUCAAGGUAAGAAUGAUUACUUUCCAUUUUAUACAACAAACAACACCUGUCCAUUGGGAAGGUUAGAAAAAUUACAGUAAGUCAAGGAGUGUACAAAGCUGGGGAGACACAACAUUUCUUAGACUCCCUUGUCAGUGUUACAUCUGUAUUUGUAAAGCCAUUUUAAUUAUUGAAACUAUUGCUGCGUUUAGUAUAGUAUAUUGGUUCAUGUUCCUUUUCUAUGAAGUUAGAGGUUUAUAUGCUAAAAAUACACUGGUGUUUUUAGGGUGGGGAGUGGAACAAUGGGUUACUGAAUACAUUAAUGCUAGUUUCUUUUCAUGUUCAUAGGAUAUUGGAAUGGAAGGGUGGAGAACUUAAAGAAGUGCACUGUUAGUCAAGCCUUUUUUUUUUUUUUUAGUCAGCUUAUUACUAUGGAUGAGAACAGACUGACAUGUGGAAAACUUGGUAGAAAUUAAUACCCUGGAGCUGAACAAGGUCAUUCACCAUCAGUUAAGGGUGGCAAGUGAAAAGAAGUGAAUUCAG